CUCUAAAAAAGUGAAAAAAAAAAAAAAAAAAAACUCCAUUUCUCUUCCUCUCUCUCCAAAAAUCCUCUUUUGGAUCCCUUUCAGAGAGGAAGAGAAAAAAUCGAUGAUGUAGUUCUAAAUUACUUGGAGGAAAUUAGGUGGGAAAAAAAAUAAAGGUUACAUUUUCUCUGGAAAAAUAUUUUAUCUUCGGAAAAUUUAUUUAGGUCUGGAAAAAAAAAAUAAAAAUGGAGGAAUCGUUCUUCGAUCUCGUGGAGUUUCUGAAGAAGCCUUCGAUUACCGAAACAUUCGUCGACAUUUUGCUAUGUGCAGUUCCGAUUUGGCUCGCUGUUAUGAUCGGCUUGGUAAUCGGAUGGUCUUGGAGGCCCCGUUGGACUGGGCUUGUAUUCCUUGGUCUCCGAAGUAAGUUUCGAUUCCUGUGGACGGCUCCGCCGGGAUUCGGUGCUCGGCGGCUCUGGUUGGCUUUCACGGCUCUCUCUGCUUUCUCCGUUUGCCGCACGAUUUGGUCUAAUUUCAAAGGAAAGGGUAAAGGAUCGCCGCCAACGGUUCCCGACGCGGCGGUUACUGCUGCGGCGGACGUUUCUAGGAAUUCGUCGGAGAAUGUUGUGGAUGCUGUUGGAACCAAUGAUAAAGCUGUGGGGAGAGAGAAAGAUGCUGUCACUGAGAAUGAUUUAGAACACCUAUUGCAUUUGCUUGAGGGGAAUGGAGAAAUGGAAUGGCAAUGUUUUAUGGACAAGUCUACUCCAAAUAUGGCAUACCAAGCAUGGCGUCAUGAGCCCGAGACAGGGCCCACAGUUUACCGCAGUAGAACUGUAUUUGAGGAUGCAACUCCAGAGCUGGUGAGAGAUUUCUUUUGGGAUGACGAGUUUCGACCUAAAUGGGAUCCCAUGCUUGCAUAUUUUAAGAUAUUGGAGGAAUGCCCUCAUACAGGGACAAUGAUAGUUCAUUGGAUUAAAAAGUUCCCUUUUUUCUGCAGUGAUCGAGAAUAUAUUAUCGGCCGAAGAAUAUGGGAGGCUGAGAAAUCUUAUUAUUGUGUGACUAAGGGUGUGCCAUAUCCAGGGUUGCCCAAGCGUGACAAGCCUAGACGUGUAGAACUUUAUUUCUCGAGCUGGAUUAUCAAAGCAGUGGAGUCUCGUAAAGGAGAUGGACAAUUGACUGCUUGUGAGGUUACCCUUUUACAUUAUGAAGACAUGGGGAUUCCCAAAGAUGUAGCAAAGUUGGGAGUUCGUCAUGGGAUGUGGGGUGCUGUGAAGAAAUUACACUCUGGUAUGAGAGCAUACCAAAAUGCUAGGAAAUCAGAGGCUUCGUUAUCUCGAAGUGCACUGAUGGCCAGAAUCACAACGAAGAUACCCGCUGGAAAUAUGGAUCCUCUGGAGCCAGCGUUUGGUGAAGAAGAUGUAGGCAAAGCAGCCUUGCACAAUAAGAAACGGAAAGAUAAUGGAAUCGAUUGGAAGUGGUUAGUUUUAGGUGGAACUGUGGCUCUGGUUUGUGGGCUUCAGACAGGUGCAAUAGGGAAAGCCCUUUUACUUGGAGCAGGGCAAAGAAUCGCACGGAGGUGAGGGUUAUUCUAGUGGAGUCCAGACCAUUUGCAUCUCUAUAUUGCUUCUUCUGCGUUCAUGGAAAUUUUUAUUUGCAUGUUGACGAAGUAUUAUUAUUGAGAUUAAUUAAUUAUAUGGUUAAAUUUUUGGAAUUGAAUUAAGAGUACUCUCACUUACUGAGUAUGGUGGGAUACUGGCUAAAAUUUUUCAUAUUAAAUAUAAUUGUACUUCGUGUA